AUGGCCCCCUACGCUGCUCUGCUGCAACUUUCUCUACUGGGUAUUGCUGGCCAUGUCUCUGCCGCUGCCAUUGACUCUCGUUCUCUUACUCCCUAUGCUCCUGUCUCAGCAAGCUGCCCUAGCACUCCCUUAGUCCGCACUGCCAAUAGCCUAGGCUCAGGUGAAGCUGCAUACAUCGCUGCUCGUAAGCCCCAGGCCGACACUGCUCUCGCUGCUUGGUUGCAAAAGACCGACUCUGCUUUCGGCAACACGAACUUGCCCACCAUUGGACUGGUAUUGAGCGGCGGUGGCUACCGUGCCUUGCUUUCUGGUGCCGGUCUUAUUCAGGGGCUGGAUGCCCGUGAUUCUGACCUCUCUACCAGUGGUCUCUACCAGGCAUUGACUUAUGAGACAUCUCUUUCCGGAGGUGCAUGGUUCUCGACUUCUUGGACAGGUCUGAACUGGCCCACUGUUUCCUACCUGAGAGACAAUCUUUGGUCUGAAGCUUUUGCCGACUCGCUUCUUGUACCUGCACGCCUCCUGACCGCUCUUGCAUACGCCGAUAUCGUUAAAGAUAUUGUAGACAAAGCCAAGGCUGGCUUCCAGCCCACUCUUAUCGAUGUUUGGGGCAGAUUACUCUCUUACCAGCUUCUCAGCACCAACUCGCAAGACAUCCCGACUGAUGGUGAUGUCACCAAGACUUUCUCGAGCGUGGUCACUUCUUCCAACUUCACCAGUCAUGCCGUGCCCUUUCCCAUCAUCACCGCUCGAGGUGUCAACAACUUUGAUGGAGAGUGUGUUCCCCUAUCCAACGGAACCCAAUACGAAUUUACCCCCUAUGAGUUUGGAUCUUGGGACUCCAACAUCAACGCCUUUACACAGACUGCCUACCUCGGAUCGAAACUGACCAACGGUGUCCCUACCACCAGUGGCCAGUGUGUAAAGAAUUACGAUAACAUUGGCUAUGUAGCAGGCACCAGUUCAGCUUUGUUCAAUCAGUUGGUACCGUCCUGCGGAACCGCUCCUGCAGCGGUGAACAACACUCAAUCGCUGGUCCAAACACUCGAAGCUAUUGUCCUCAACGCCCACAGCCCCAUCGAACGCGAUCUCUGGGCUGCCUACCCUAACCCGUUCUACAAGUACCCUGCCUCUACUCUCACCAACGCACAAACCGAGAUUGAGCUUGCAGAUGGUGGUGAAGGCAAUUCAGCCAUGCCUUUCUGGCCUUUGAUCCAGCCCGAACGCAAUGUCGAUGUCAUCAUCGCUGCCGACAAUGGCGCAGACACUUCCGACCAAUUCCCUUCUGGCACUGCCAUCGUUGGCGCCUACGAGCAAGCCCAAGCUCAAAACCUCACUCGCAUGCCUUUCGUGCCCACCCUCGAUGUGUUCCUGUCUGCAGGUCUCAACAAACAUGCCGUCUUCUUUGGCUGCGAUACCCCUGAUACCGCUACCAUUGUGUAUUUACCUAACAACAACUACACCUACGCUUCCAACAUCCCGACUGUUAUCAUCCAGACCAGCGAGGCUCAGACUGCCGGCAUCAUUGCUAAUGGCAAUGCUAUUGCUACACAAGAUGGAGACGCACAGUGGCCUGUUUGUCUUGGAUGUGCGAUUAUGAAGAAGACGGGUGCUGCUUUGCCUGAUGCUUGCACUGCCUGUUUCGACAAGUACUGCUACUCCCAGUAG